AACUGAAGUUGAUUACAAACUACACACCCAAUCAGCUUUAGAUCACACGGAGGUCACCAGAGGUGCAAGAAACAAGCAUGAGAUCAGAUGAAUCCCGACAAUGACGGAAAAAGAGCCGAUCAAAUCGCUAUACUCUAAAAUCACACUGAAGGGGUUUUAAUAUGACUGUUUACGACCAAUUUCAACCACCCCAGUUGACAUACGCCCUUUGGAUCCACUGAUUUCCGUAUGAUUGCGGCAGAUCGAUCACCUACAUGGCGAAUUUCCUAGCUCAGUUUCUGUCGAUCAAGAAUUCUUGUGAACGCGUCGUCAUUGCUGUUGAAGAUGUGAGUGAUUUGUGGCCCUUAGUCAAGAAGGGAUUUGAGGAACGACUUCCAAUAAGAAGAGCUACAUUGAAUAACAAAACCCGUAAUCCCUUAUUAGUGGAUAAUCUGCCAGCUGAAUACAUACUAACAACAGAUUCAAGGCUCCGCAGUAGGUUCCCUCAAGAACAAUUCUUAUUUUCAUUCAGAGAACCAUAUGCAACUGUGGUCCUUGUGACUUGUGAGGAUCUGGAUGAGUUCAAGACAAUCCUAAAACCCCGUUUGAAAUUAAUCGUGCAAAAUGAUGAGAGAGAGUGGUUUAUUGUCUUUGUGUCUAGAGCUCCACCCCACAAUGAUCAAGCAAACAAGAUGGCUAAAAAAGUUUAUGCCAAACUUGAAGUUGAUUUUAGCUCAAAGAAGAGGGAAAGGUGCUGUAAAUUGGAUAUGCAUGGACCUGAAACAACUUUCUGGGAAGAUUUGGAAUCUAAAAUUACUGAGUGCAUUCGAAACACUCUUGAUAAACGUAUACAAUUCUAUGAAGAAGAAAUCCGUAAACUCAGUGAACAAAGAUUCAAACCAGUUUGGAGUUUCUGUAACUUCUUCAUCUUAAAGGAAAGUUUGGCAUUCAUGUUUGAGAUGGCUCAUCUACAUGAAGAUUCAUUACGUGAAUAUGAUGAACUAGAGCUUUGCUACUUGGAAACAGGUGUUUUUUUUUCUUUUCUUUUGUUGCAACAAAGGGACUUUGGAGGAAUGGAGCAUGGAGAUGAUCAAGCUGCAUUAUUAAACCCUGGAAAAAAACCAUUGACACAAAUAGUUCAAGAUGAUUCCUUUAGAGAGUUUGAAUUUAGACAAUACCUAUUUUCUUGUCAAGCAAAGCUAUUGUUCAAGCUAAAUCGUCCAUUUGAGGUUGCAUCAAGAGGGUAUUCAUUUGUUAUUAGCUUCUCAAAAGCAUUGGCUCUUCAUGAGAGUAUUUUACCCUUUUGUAUACGCGAAGUUUGGAUUAUAACUUCUUGCUUGAGUUUAGUCAAUGCAACUGCUGCUCAUUAUAGCAAUGGUCUUGUGGGACCCGAAAUAGAAAAAGAAUAUUAUCGUGUACGUGGGGAACUAUAUUCUCUAUGUAGAGCUAAGUUCAUGAGACUUGCAUAUUUACUUGGUUAUGGUUCUGCUAUAGAAAGAAGUCCAGUCAACAGUGCUUCACUUAGCAUGCUACCAUGGCCUAAACCAGCAGUUUGGCCUUCUGUUCCUUCUGAUGCAGCAUCUGAAGUUCUUGCUAAAGAAAAGAUGAUUCUUCAAGCUACUCCAAGGGUCAAACAUUUUGGUAUUCAAAGGAAGCCACUACCUCUUGAGCCUUCAUUUCUUUUGAGAGAAGCUAAUAGGCGAAGAGCUUCUCUUUCUGCUGGAAAUAUGUUUGAAAUGUUUGAUGGCUCAUUAUCUCCAUCUCCCAAAUUACAACCAACAUCCAUGUCAAGAACCAAUUCUACACCAGGAAACUUUGAAAGCUCAAUCGAUCGCCCUAUGAAACUUGCAGAAAUCUUUGUUGCAGCUGAACAUGCUCUCAAAAAGACAAUAUCUGAUCAUGGGUUAUGGACAUCAUUCUCAUCAUUAGCAGAUUUUGAGAAAAAGUAUCUAGAACUUUCAAAGUCUGCUGCUGAAAACUAUCAUCAUUCAUGGUGGAAAAGACAUGGGGUUGUUCUUGAUGGAGAAAUUGCUGCUGUUUGCUUCAAACAUGGUGAAUAUGACUUAGCAAAAAAGUCAUAUGAAAAAGUGUGUGCUCUUUAUUCUGGUGAAGGGUGGGAGGAUUUGUUAGCUGAUGUGCUUCCUGAUUUAGCUGAGUGUCAAAAAAUACUUAAUGAUCAAGCUGGUUACUUAUCAUCUUGUGUGAGAUUACUCUCUCUUGAUAAAAAUCUGUUUUUGAAAAAAGAACGUGAAUCUUUUCAAUCAGAAGUUGUUCGUCUUGCACAUGGUGAAAUGGACCAUCCUGUCCCUCUAGAUGUCUCAUCAUUAAUUACCUUUUCUGGGAACUCUGGACCACCAUUAGAGCUCUGUGAUGGCGAUCCAGGGAAUCUGACUACUAGUAAUGCUGAUGAAGGUGUUAAGGCAAUCAGGAGCUCGGGUGCUACAAUACUAAACCCUGGGAGAAACACAAUUACACUUUCAUUACCCCCUCAGAAAACAGGUUCCUAUGUCUUGGGUGUACUUACAGGGCAAAUUGGUCAUUUACGCUUUAGGUCUCAUGGAUUCUCCAGAGGUGGUCCCGCUGAAAGUGAUGAUCUUAUGAGUUAUGAGAAGCCAACUAGACCAAUUCUUAAGGUGUUCAAACCAAGGGCACUUGUUGAUCUUGCUGCAGCAGUGUCAUCUGCAUUGUUAAUGAAUGAGCCUCAAUGGGUGGGUAUAAUUGUCAAACCAAUAAAUUAUUCCCUAAAAGGAGCUGCUUUACAUAUUGAUACCGGUCCUGGAUUGAGGAUAGAAGAGUCAUUUCCCAUUGAAAUGGAGAAAUACGGAUUAGAGGAUAAAAAGAACAAUAAUGAUUCUGUUAAAGAAAUUACGAAAUUAACCUUGAAGAAUGGUAGCAUAGAGUUACCUGACUGGGCAAGUAAUAUAGAGAGUGUUUUAUGGGUUCCUGUUCGUGCCAUUAAUGAAGGACUUGCAAGAGGAACAUCUGCAGGGGCAGUUUCGUCCGGAAGACCGAGUGUUGUGGAUGGAUUAAGGACUGUAGCUUUGAAACUUGAAUUUGGAGUAUCACGCAAUCAAAAAUUUGAUAGGACUAUAGCUGUUCACUUCACCAACCCAUUCCAUGUCAGCACACGUCUUGCAGAUAAGUGCAGUGAUGGCACCUUGCUUUUGCAGGUAAUACUCCACUCACAAGUGAAGGCUAACUUAACCAUACACGAUGCUUGGCUGGACCUAAAAGACGGUUUUACCCUUGCUGGUGAAAGUCAAUGUAACGGAAGACCAACAUCCGCCUUCUUUCCACUUGUAGUUCCUUCUACAUCAAGAGCCGGAAUCUUGUUCACUAUAUCCCUAGCCACAAAUGAUGAAGCGAAAGACAUAAAUCCUGAUAUUGGUUUUCUUCCCCUUCCUCCAGAAGGCCUUAGAGUCGGCCAGCUUUUUACUAUGAAAUGGCGAGUUGAAAGGUUGAAAUUUCUCGAGGACGAACAAUAUGAUGAGGUAGUAUAUGAAAUAAACGCAAAUUCUGAAAACUGGAUGAUUGCUGGGAGGAAGCGAGGCCAUGCACCUCUCUCCACAAAGCAAGGUUCACGAAUAGAGAUUUCAAUCCUAUGCGUACCAUUGGUUGCUGGGUACGUGCGGCCCCCACAACUGGAGUUACCGGACAUUGGUGAAGGUAAUAUUAGUUGCAACCCAGCCGGGCCCCACUUGGUCUGUGUUUCCCCUCCACCUCUCAGCUCCUCCUUCUGUAUUCCCAUUCCCAUUCCUGCCUAGAGAUCAAAUGGUGACUUUUGUAGGUGGUAGGUUAUAGUCAAAUUUCAUACACUGAUUUUUAAGACUAUAAUAUGUAUGUUAUAACCUAAUUUUGUAUCUUUAUUAUGUGGGAUUUGUGUGUGUCUAUGAUUAC